GAAUGUCUCUGACAAGUGUUUUACCGGCACCUAUUCAAGCCUCUGCAGAUCCACUAGAUGAUCGAAGAGUGGAGAGGGCCUACCGUGAGCUGACGAUGGUAACAAGCCGUGCUCCGCCAUACGGGCACAGAAAGGGUUGGGUACCGCGUUCCCAAGAGGAUUUCGGCGAUGGAGGGGCUUUUCCUGAAGUUCAUGUUGCUCAAUAUCCACGGGGCAUGGGUCAGUCCAAAAAGACAUCAACCAAUACACUAGCUCUGCAGAUUGACUCUGAUGGGAGAGUGAAAUAUGAAGCUAUAGCUAAACAGGGACACGGGAAAGACAAAGUUGUGCACUCAAGAUUUCAUGAGCUUGUGCCAGCUGAGAUCAGGAGUGGUUUUGAUCCAGAUUUGGUGAGGCCAGAUGAAGAAGAAAUGCAAAAGAUGACUGAGAAGACGAAGGCUGCUUUAGAGAAAGUGGUGAACAGUAAAAUUGCUGCUGCAAUGCCAACUCAUGUGCCUGAACAACCGGGUGGAGCUCAGUACAUAAGGUAUACGCCUGCUCAGCAAGGAACAGAGUUCAAUUCUGGUGCAAAGCAGAGGGUCAUCAGAGUGGUUGAAUCGCAGCAGGAUCCUAUGGAACCUCCGAAAUUUAAAGUAAAUAAGAAGAUUCCUCGUGGUCCACCUUCUCCUCCUGCUCCAGUCAUGCAUUCUCCUCCAAGAAAAGUCACUGUAAAGGAACAACAAGAGUGGAAGAUUCCGCCAUGUAUAUCUAACUGGAAGAAUGCGAGAGGUUUCACUAUUCCACUUGACAAACGAUUGGCUGCUGAUGGUCGUGGACUUCAAGAUCAUCACAUAAAUGACAACUUUGCUAAAUUGGCGGAAGCAUUGUACAUAGCCGACAGAAAGGCAAGAGAAGCAGUGGAAACUCGUGCUCAGAUUGCUAAGAAGGUAGCUCAGAAAGAGAAGGAACAGAAAGAGCACGGGCUACGUCAGAUGGCACAGAAGGCUCGAGAUGAACGACAAGGAAUAAAGACAUCAUCCACUGGAGGUGGACUUGAUGAUGAAGCACGGGAAAGAGAAAAAUUGAGACACGAACGACACAAGGAUAGGGAAAGAGAUAGAAGGAUUGCUCGUGCAGGCCACGAAAGGAGAACCAAGUUGGAGCAACAGAGGGACAGAGAUGUAAGUGAGAAGAUUGCUUUGGGAAUGCCGUCCAAUGCAAAGAACCAAGAAUCAAUGUAUGACCAAAGGUUGUUCAAUCAAAGCAAGGGACUGGAUUCUGGUUUUGCUGCAGAAGAUGAUGUUUACAGUGUAUAUGACAAGCCGUGGAGGAGAGGAGAAACGGCUGGUCAGGCUAUCUAUCGGCCAAGCAAGAACAUUGACAAAGAUAUUUACGGUGAUGACAUUGAAGAAUUAAUAAAAACAAAUAGGUUUCAUGCAGACAAGGAGUUUGGAGGUACAGAGCGUGGCAAGCAGCGAGAUGGAGCUGUCCAGUUUCAGAAAGACACAGAGGAUGAUCCGUUUGGUUUGGACAAAUUCAUGACUGAUGCAAAGAAAGCGGAUAGAUCCAGAAGACCACACCCAGACAGAAGCAGCAGGGAUUAUGAACAUUCUUCGAGCAAGAAGGCCAGGCAUUGAGUUGUAAUGGUACUGACAAUAAUACCUGUAAGUUUGUCUAAAGUUGUCUUCUUUACUUAAUGUAGUACAAAAACUGCUAUGUGAUUUUUUUGAAUGGAACUAGUACAGUAGAACCUCACU